CUGCAGUUGAAGUGAAAAUUUUGAAGCUCAAAACGCCGAAAAUCAUCACUGUUUUGCUGUCGACGGCGGCCGGCGAAAGGAAGGAGAGAUGGCGAAGAUCACCGGGAGCUUUCCGAGAUCACUGAUGGAAGAGCCAUUGUGAUAGAAGGCCUACAGUUCUCGCCUUUUGUCGCAGGGAGAUAGACAUCGUGAUAGAAACACAUGUGCUCUCUCCUGCAGUCGCCGGUGGUCGGCGACAGAAACGGGGGAUGAACAAGAUCACCGGGAGCUUCCGCGACAAUUGAUUGCGGUUGAACACUCCCGAGAUCGUCAAAAGCCCAACCUUUGAGACAGAAACGGCCCAAUUAUGAUCAUCGUGAUGACGACAGAAGAGUUCCAUGAAUCGACGGUAUAGAUUUCCCGUUCCCUUAUUAUAUAAAUCUCUCGUUACCCUGAUUCGUAGUCAUCGCCUAAACCCUUGGACCGGUCCGCCGCGGGUGUUCUCCGUUGCUCCCUCGUCCUCGUUCACAGUCGAUCCGUCGCCUUCAAGUUCAUCGAACACAAUGGCUGCUGAAGAUGCCGCUGCCGAAUCUGCCUCCGUGCUCGGCGAACCCAUGGAUUUGAUGACAGCCCUGCAGUUGGUACUGAAGAAAUCAUUGGCACAUGAUGGACUUAUCCGUGGCCUUCGUGAGGCUGCCAAGGCGAUCGAAAAACACACUGCGCAGCUUUGCAUUCUGGCUGAGGACUGCAACCAAGCUGACUACACUAAGCUGGUCAAGGCACUAUGUGCGGAACACAAUGUGCACUUGGUUACUGUUCCGAGCGCGAAAACUCUUGGCGAGUGGGCUGGGCUUUGCAAGAUUGAUUCAGAGGGCAAGGCAAGGAAAGUGGUGGGCUGCUCAUGUGUCGUCGUGAAGGAUUACGGGGAAGAAUCUGAGGGCCUUCACAUAGUUCAGGAAUAUGUGAAGUCACACUAAAGUAUGGAAGUUUUUUAGUUCUAGUCGGUGAUCAUUAAGGUGUCAUGAGAGCUUUUAAGUGUUGAGAUCAUUUAAACAUGAGGAAUUUAGGGUUUGUGGUUGAAUGUUUUCAUUCUUGUUCUCGAACGAAUUUUGUGAUUAUUUUGCUGGAUCAUAUUGGCUUAAUUAAUGGCAUUUGGUAUUUGCUAUAGUA